GGAGCGGCCAAGCGACGCCCUCGUCUCUCCUCUAGACGCAGCAUUGUUUGCUCCAACAGAUCGGGAAUGGGCAUUCUUGCGGGAGACUGUUUCGUUUGACGAUGAGAAGGUGCGGGAGGUGGUUAUGAGGGUGCAGCGCGAGUCUUAGUGGGUGCUCCUCUCGUUCUAUGCGUCCUUCCUCGUGAGCGAGACCUAAUUUGAGGGUUUGAAGCGAGAAAUACCCCUACCCGUGCAUUCGCGCGUUCCACUUUGUGUCGCUGUUUAUGUGCGAGAACGCGGCGUACGGGCGAGUGAUUGAAGCUGGUAAACAGGGCAACACCCGCUUGCUCGAUCUCGGUUGUUGUAUGGGCACAGAUGUGCGCAAAGCUGUUCUAGACGGUUACCCAGCCUCGAACGUCAUCGGAAGUGACCUGAGGCGGGAAUACAUCGACCUUGGGCUCGACGCGCUCUUCGCUGACCGCGAGACGUGCGCAAUCCGGUUCGUCGAGGCAGAUACUUUCGACGUCCCCGUUCCCUCUUUGUCGCAACCCAACUUCGAAACUUCAACCGCCCCCAAAGGCCCGGAGCAAGGGCUCACUCAGUUUCUCGGGAAUAUCACGCACGUGUACGUCGGCGCGCUGUUUCAUCUGUUCGACGGGGAGACGCAGUACGCGAUUGCUCUGCGCGUUGCGCUUCUCAUGGAGCGACACCGGAAUGAUGGUACUGAGGUCAUCGCGUUCGGGCGGCACUCUGGGUUGGAGAAGGAGGGGAUGAUUUCGGAUCGGAUGCAAAGGGUGCGCUAUGGCCACUCUCCCGCGUCGUGGACACAUCUGUGGAAACGUGUUUUUAUGGAGAUCGAGGGUAGAACCUUCGCAGAGGAAAGGGUGAUGGUCGAGGCGGAAAUGAGGCCGCACCCUGGAGGCGGUACGCACGCUGCUCCAGGAACAGGGAUGCUAUGGUGGUCUGUCAAGAUUUCUGGCGAAGGCAAUUGA